UAUAAUGCACCAUCUCCCACCCUUCUUUGUGUAUCUCAUUUAGUUCUUUGCUUUUUUGUUUCUCAUCAUGUCUCUUGGUGGUAAAAUCAGCAUUGAAAUUGGGGUUCAUGCAAAUGCUACAAAGUGGUACAACAUCUUUGCAACGCAGCUCAAUCAGAUUCAAAACCUGACUGAUAGAAUUCACCAUGCCAAACUGCAUCAUGGUCAUGACUGGCACCACAAUGAGUCCAUCAAGCAAUGGACUUAUAUCAUAGAUGGUAAGGUUAAUACAUGUCAGGAGAGUGCGGAAUACGAUGAAGCAAACAAAAAAGUAAUCUUCAAGCUCUUCGGUGGAGACGUGGCUAAAGAGUACAAGUUCAUCAACCUGAUAUUUGAAGUAAGUGAUAAGGAGAAUGGUGGUGCAAAUAUCAAAUGGACCGUUGACUAUGAGAGGCUCAGUGAUCAAGUUCAUCCUCCAUAUGGCUACAUCGAGUACCUCUACAAAUGCACUGUGGAUUUCGAUUCUCACCUUCUCAAACCAUAGCUCCAAAAAGUUAUGCACAAAAUUCAGAAAAAUAAAUAAAUAAUGAACUUGGCCUUGGGUUAAGUGCUUAUCUGAAUAAUAAUAAUAAUAAUAAUAAUAAUAAUAAUAAUAAUAAUAAUAAUAAUAUAUUUGUGUGAAGUUUGAGGAGACGAUGGUUAUGUAGAUGCUUCCUUUGGGUGGAAUAAAUUUGGAUAUGUCAUCAUGUCGGUGAUGUCUUCAAGUUUCUUGAAUUAUUAUGUGUUAAACUGUUGAUGCAUAUAUGAAUAUUUAUGAUUUGUGUAGCA